AUGGCUCCCGCUCCCGAGGCAGGAGGUAGCAGUGUGGUACGGGGAGAGAGUAGGAAGCGCCGGCGAGAAACGGUAGAGAGCGGUGGCGUUCGUCCGAGCGGGGGAACUGAGCGGAGCAGAGGAGGUGAGGAAAGCGGAGGAGGUGGGGGGAGCGGAGGAGGUGGGGGGAGCGGAAGGGGUGAGGGGAGCGGAAGGGCUGAGGGGAGCGCAGGGGGUGAGGGGAGCGGGGCGGCGGAGCGGAGGGGUGGCGCGGAGCAGGGCGGCGGCGGCAGAGGGCGGCGACUGGCGGAUCUGAGCGACGAGGAUUUGCAGCAACUCACACGGGAGGAAUGCCGCCGGCUGCUGCAAGAACAAGGCAUGCGACGGCCGUCGUGGACGAAAUCCUUCGCCGUGCAGCAGCUCGCCGCCCUUCGCGAACUUUCGCAGCUGCCGUUCCCACUCACCGUGCAGGCGCGUCCGCGCGAACCGACUGCUGCUUCUGCUGCGAGAGAGGGAGAGAGAGUAGCUUACACAGGGGAACUCAGGGAGGCAGAAGCAGGAGGGAUAGAGCAGGAGCGGCAGGAGAGGAGGGAAGUACGGGGAAUACAGCAGGAGCGGCGCCAAGAGGGGGGUGAAGAAGCAGGGGAGGUUCGUCCGCGCGGUGGCGGCGAGGGGCAGGACAGGGAGGCGGAGGCGCAAACAUCGGCGGAGGCGCAAGCGUCCGCGGAGGCCCAAGUGUUUGCGGAGGCGCAACUGUCCGCGGAGGCGCAAGUGUCCGCGGAGGCGAGACUAGCGUUUGCGGAAUCGUUUCUGCUGCAUGUCCUGCAAGAGCGCGCUCAACGCGCGCAAGCAUCCGCGGACGCGGAAGCGCCCAGGCGCGGGAGCGAUUUCGGGCAUGCGGAAGCCUCUGGACAGGCGGAAGCUUCUGCGCGCGCGGAUCCGCCGGGGCGCGCGGAACCAUGUGGGGGCGGGGAGGAGGCCUUGAAACGCCCAGAAGCGCCUGGUGAGGGUGAAGCGGAAACGCCUGUCCGCCCAGGGACUUCCACACAGCAUGGGGGGGUGAGCGGGGAAGGGGAAGGGGGAGGAAGCGGGGGGUUGAUCAUGGGGGCGCGCGCGGGGGAGAUGACAAGGGGAAGCGGGGAAGGGAGAGCAGGCGAAAGCGUUGAAGGGCGUGGGGGAGGGAAAGGGGGACGGGGGAAGGGGUUGGCGGAAGAGAGGGGGAAGCAGAGGGGGCGGGUGCGGGGAAGCAUUGACUUGGAGAAUAGCCCGGAGGAAGGGGAAGGUACUGAGGGGGAGCAGCAGGGGGGAGGGGUGGGGGAGAGUGAAGAGGGAAGGGAGGAAGGGGACGAAGAGAGGAAGGGGAGGACGGAGACGAGAGUGAAGGGAAGGGGCAGGGAGAUGAAGAGGAGGAUGGGGAUGGGGAUGGAGGAGGAGGAGGAAGUGGAGGAGGAGGGGGAGGGGGAGGGGGAGGAGGAGGAGGGGAAGGAGGAGGAGGAGUAG